UAUUAGAUAUUAGAUAGAUAACAAAAAAUUGCAGAAUAUAUAAUGACAGAAUCAACAGAUAAUAGCCAGCUAUUUGAAGAUAUAACACCGAAGAAAGACGGAGGCAUACUUAAAAAAAUAAUUAAAUGUGGUGAAGGAGAGGAAAAGCCAUUUGAAGGCUGUAAAGCGUAUGUUCAUUAUGUCGGUAAACUCUCUAAUGGUGAAGUGUUUGAUUCUAGUCGUGAUAAAGGUGAAGUUUUUAGCUUUAUAGUUGGUCGAAAUUCUGUAAUUAAAGGCUGGGAUAUGUGUAUGCCUACAAUGCUCAAAAAUGAGAUUUGUGAAGUUAAAAUAUCUCCAGACUAUGGUUACGGAAAAGAAGGUAUACCUCCUAGAAUUCCAGAAAACUCUACAUUGUAUUUUGAAAUUGAAUUAUUAGCAUUUGAUGAUGAGAAUGUUACAAAUGAUGGUGGUGUCAGAAAACGAAUUAUAAAAGUUGGUGAUAGUCCUAAUAAACCAAAUAUUGAUUCAUCCGUUAAAAUUCAUAUUAGAGGUUCUUACCAAGGUAACUUGUUUGAUGAAAGAGAUGUUGAAUUUGUAAUCGGUGAGGGGUACCAGCAUAAUAUUGUUGAUGGCAUUGAAAAAGCAAUUUGUAAAAUGAAACGGUUUGAAAAAUCAAAAGUGUUUGUACGAUCAGAAUACGCUUAUAAAGAUAUCGGAAAUAAAGAAUUUGACAUUCCACCAAAUGCAGAUGAAAUUGAAUAUGAAGUUUGCUUGUUUAAAUUUGAGAGAGCCAAAGAAAUUUAUGAAAUGGAAUAUCCUGAAAGAAUUGAAAGAAGCAAAAAGUUAAAAGAAAGUGCUGCAAAAUGUUUUCAAGCAGCUGAGUAUGAAAAAGCAAAUGGAUUUUAUGAGCGGAUCAUAAAGAUGGUAAACAUUAAUGAAAAAGAUAGUCAAUUUAAUGAGGGUGUUCCAUUUUUAAUUACCGCUAACUGUAAUUCUGCAUUGUGUUAUUUAAAACUAAAAGAUUUUAUUAAUGCAAAGAAAAAGUGUGAAAAUGUUCUGAAACUUGAUCGAAAUAAUGUUAAAGCCUAUUUUCGCCUAGGAGAGGCUAUGCUUGGAUUAAAUGAGUUUAAGAACGCUGUGACAUCUUUUGAAUAUGCCUUGAAGUUAGAGCCUACAAAUUCUGCUGCUAAAUCACAAUUAGCUAAUGCUAAACUAUUAUUAAAACAACAACUUGAAAAAGAGAAAAAACUCUAUGGAAAUAUUUUUUCAAAGCUAAAUAGUGAUUAGUUUCAUAUUAAAUUGUUACAACUUAAAAUUGCUUUAAUUAAGCAAUUUUGAACUAUGAGUUCAUUAAAAAAUAAUCUGUUUCAAACUGACAAUUGUGGUUUUUAACUGAUAAAAGUGAUCACAUAGUUAUGUAAUUAGUAAAUAUAUAAAAGUUAUUGUACAAAUGAUGUAUAAAAAUUGGAUUUAAAAAGUAU